AUGGCUGGACUCCGGAGCGGAGUGGCGGCGGCGGUGUCGGCGGGAACGGCGGGGUUUGGGAGUCCAGGGCGACCGCAGGGCCGGAGGCAGCAAGAGUUGGGGAAGCAGCGCUCGGCGCCAUGGCCGGGACCGCGCAGCAAAGAAAAGAAGAAAGUGAAUUGCAAGCCCAAGAACCAGGAUGAACAGGAAAUUCCUUUCAGGCUGCGAGAGAUUAUGAGGAGCCGGCAAGAGAUGAAAAAUCCUAUCAGUAACAAGAAGAGGAAGAAAGAGGCCCAGGCAGCCUUCAGCAAGACAUUGGAGAAGGAAGCAAAGGGAGGGGAACCGGACAUUGCCGUACCCAAAUUCAAGCAGAGGAAGUGGGAGUCCGACAGGGCCUAUGUCCGGCGCAUGGAACAGGAGGCCCAGCACGUGCUGUUCCUCAGCAAGAACCAGGCCAACCGGCAGCCCGAGGUGCAGGUGGCUCCCAAGAAGGAGAAGUCGGAGCGAAAGAAAGCGUUCCAGAAGCGGCGACUGGACAAGGCCCGGCAGAGGAGGGAGGACAAGGCAGUAGAGAGGCUAGAGCAGGAGCUGCUCCAAGACACGGUAAAGUUUGGUGAGGUUGCGCUGCAGCCCCCAGAGCUGACCGCCAAGCCCAGGAUGAGCAUGAGUAGGGACCAGCCUGGCAAGAAAUCACUGAUGCUGAAGAAGCUUCUAAGCCCCGGUGGUAUGUCCCAGCCUCUGACCACCUCACUGGCCAGACAGAGGAUCGUGGCGGAGGAGAGGGAGCGGGCCGUGAACGCCUACAGAGCACUAAAGAGACUGCAGCAGCAGAGGCAGGGGACUCAGUUGCCACAGCCACCCCACCUCCCUCCCGGGAAGAAGCCAGAGACGCAGCUGUGA